UAUGCUGCUUUUGAUAUUUUUAGCAUUAGUAUCCUCAUUAAGAAUUCCAAAAAACUUUGUCAUAUCAAAUAUUGAGAGGACAGUGUCUUUAACUGAUAGAUAUAUCAACAUCUAAUCUAAAGUAACUAUCAAAAUAAUUUUAAGAUUACUUUUUAAAAUGAUGGAGUAAUUCCAAUUGAAAAGAUUUAUUAUACAAUCCAUAAUGCAUUGUCAGAUAGAUUAUAUCAUGUCAAUGUAGAAGAAAGCAAUGCAAAAAAACUCAUAGAAGAUGUGGAUGUGAAAUACAAAUAGAAUGCCACAGUCUAUGAAUUCACAUUAAUUAGACCAAUUGAGCCUUCUUCGAAAUUAGAAGUAGAAUUAAGUGAACACUUUUAUAAAAGAUUUAAACCAUUACCAAAAGAAAUUGGAUUAGAGGUAUUAUAUAGAAAAUAAUAAUAAUUUAGGAUGAACAAUUAGUCUAAUUUAUGGAUUCAGUAUAUUUCUUCACUCCUUAUUUAGUAAAGAAUCAAAUAACUUAUUAUGAGACUCCCAAAAUUAUGUAUAAAUGCAAUUUAAUUAUAGCUCUUAUUCAUUAAAAUCAGCAACUCAAAGAAAUUAACUUCUAGAAUUUGGACCUUUCUAGGAUAUUAAACCUUUUUCUACAUAAAUUCACACAAUUCAUUUAGAAAAUAACACACCAAUGACUAUUUUUACAAAAGCAUCUAAAAUUAUUGAAGUCUCUCAUUGGGGUAAUAUUUUAAUUGAAGAAAAUUAUUCAAUUGAAAAUCAAGGAGCAAAGUUAAAAGGAGAAUUUGGUAGAGUUAAUUUUAAUAAAUACAAUCCAAAUGUUGGAAAACACUCUUUAAAAUAAUUAUCUGCUUCACUUCCAUAUGAUUCAUGGGGAGUAUAUUACAGAGAUGAAAUUGGAAACAUUUCAACAUCAAAUGCAGCUAAAGGGGUAACAUUUAAUUUAUAUGAGUAUCUAAGAAACUUAAUGGGGAAACCUAAGCCUUAGUCUAAUUAAGACCUAGAUUUGCAAUAUUUGGAGGAUGGAAUAGUAAUUUUACUUUAGGAUACAAUUUACCCACCAAAAAGUAUUUAAUUUCUAUAUAUAUAAUUUAGAUAUUUAGAAUAAGAUGGAAACAAUUUUAGAUUAACUUUAAAUUUCUCCUUUUCUGUUAAGGAAAUGGUAUCCGAUAAAUAUAACUUUUAAAUUUCCUUACCUGAAGGAGCUUAUGAUAUCCAAGUUGAUCUACCAUUAUAUGUGGAAAGAAAUGACACACUAUUAUUUUCUUACUUUGAUACAGUAGGUAGACCAACAAUCAUUUUGGAUAAGGCUACAACAAGUCAAUUCGAUAAUAAACAAAUUAUUGUAAUAUUUUAUUACUAAGAUAGAUCACUUAUAAAUUUUCUGGAGUAUCUAUAUUAAGAGAGCCUUUGAUGAUUUUCGGAACCUUUUUGUUUGCUUUUCUGUCAAUAAUAUAUUUAAGAAGAUUAGAUUUAUAGACAUUAAAAUUAAAAGAGUGAU